ACUGUCCAUAAUUUGAAAGGGUGCCUCGGGACUGUUCAUAAUUUGAAAGGGUGCCUCAGGACUGUCCAUAAUUUGAAAGGGUUCCUCAGGACUGUCCAUAAUUUGAAAGGGUUCCUCGGGACUGUCCAUAAUUUGAAAGGGUGCCUCGAGACUGUCCAUAAUUUGAAAGGGUUCCUUUGGACUGUCCAUAAUUUGAAAGGGCGCCUCAAGACUGUCCAUAAUUUGAAAGGGUGCCUCAAGACUGUCCAUAAUUUGAAAGGGCGCCUCAAGACUGUCCAUAAUUUGAAAGGGUGCCUCAAGACUUUCCAUAAUUUGAAAGGGUGCCUCAAGACUGUCCAUAAUUUGAAAGGGCGCCUCAAGACUGUCCAUAAUUUGAAAGGGUGCCUCAAGACUGUCCAUAAUUUGAAAGGGUUCCUCUGGACUGUCCAUAAUUUGAAAGGGUGCCUCAAGACUGUCCAUAAUUUGAAAGGGUUCCUCUGGACUGUCCAUAAUUUGAAAGGGUGCCUCAAGACU